AGUCUGAACGCAUCUUCCCUAUACCCAACGCUUUUAUACUCUCUCUCUCUCUCUAUCUUGCUAGUCUCUCUCCCUCGGCUGCUGAUCUUUGUUGCGUUCAAGAUAAUUGAUUGCGGUAACUGUGGUGAUCUGUUCUCACCCUCUCUCUCUUGUGUGUUCUUGCGUCGAAUUGUAGUUAGGCUUGAAAUCAUUUCUGCUAUUUGCAUUCAUUUUUUUUUUUGUCUUUUGGCUAUUAAGCUUGCUUUCUUCUUUAAUUUACCUCCCCUAGUUCGAUUCCGAUACAUUCGCUUUCAUUUCCAGCUUGCACUGCUAUUUGCUUUCGUUCUUGCUGCCUUUUAGUUUUCCAUCUUUUAUUUUAUUUGAAGUACCAAAGUAGAAAAGGCGGAAAAAGAAAAAAAGAUCAAAAGAAGUGAGAGAUGGCUGAAGUAGGUGCGGCGGCGACGGGAUUCUUAGAUCGCUUGAUCGCUCAAAUCAGGCCCCCAUUUACUUACAUGUGUUGCUUCAAUAGCAACAUCAUGGAACUUGAAACUCGAUUCAGAGACUUGGAAACAACAAGACAAGGGGUUCAAAUGGGAGUGGAUGAAGUCCGUAGACAGGUCAGGUUCGUUGGACCUAAUGUUGAGGCUUGGCUGAAUCGUGUGAAUGAGGUCACAAUUGAGGUUGAGGAAAUUAUCCAAUACAAGGCCAUAGUCAAUGAAGGGUGUAUAAAUGGGUGGUGCCCCAAUCUUCCACUGCGUUACUCACUGAACAAAAAAGCCGUGAUGAUGACCAAGGUUAUCGUUUGUCUCCAGGAUGAUGGCAUUCUAUAUACUCAGUCAUCUUACAGCCCACCUCCUGCAGGCAUGAUGACCAUAACCGUUAGAGGUUUUAUGGAGUUUGAGUCUCGAAGGCUCAACAUGGAAGAGAUCAUUAUGGCUCUGAAGCAUGAUGAGAUCAACUUGAUUGGGGUUUGCGGGAUGGGAGGUGUGGGCAAGACAACUCUGGUGAAUGAAGUUGCAGAAAGAGUGAAGGAAGAUAAUCACUUUGACGAAGUUGCAAUGGCCGUUCUCGGGCCAUGCCCGAACCUAACCUAUGUUCAGGCUUGCAUGGCAGACAUGCUUGGUUUGAAAGAUCGUCUUCUUAACAUAGAGAGCCCAAUUGUGAGAGCUGAUCUCCUACGUAGGAGACUUCUACAGGAUAACAAGAAAGUCCUUGUUAUACUGGAUGACAUUUGGGAAGAAUUUGACCUACAGGCCAUUGGAAUCCCUUUGGAAGGCACUAAUAAGAAAAUGAAAACACUUUAUACGUCUCGGACUCAAAAUCUAUGGCUUCAUCUACCAACUAAAAAGGAGAUCUGUCUUGAACUCUUGUCAAAAGAUGAAGCAUGGCAACUAUUCAAGGAGAAAGCCGGCGAUUCAGCUGAUGCUCAAGAUUUGAAACCCAUAGCCAAACAGAUUGUGAAUGAAUGUGGACGUUUACCGCUUGCUCUAGUACUUAUUGGUAGGGCACUUUCAAAAAAAAGUGGGAGAAAUGCCAUUAAGGAGAUAUGGAAAGAUAUGUUUCAUCGGCUAACUUGUGCAAGCAGCACUCCAGCGGAUAAGCAUUUGUAUUCAAGUCUAGUGCUGAGUUAUCAAUAUUUAGAAUGUGAGGAAGCUAAGCGCCUGUUUUUGCUUUGUUGCUUAUUUAAAGAGGAUGAAGAUAUCCGUAUUGAAGAUUUGGCCAGAUACGGAUUGGGGCUAUCACUUUUCGACGGAAUAAAUGAAAUGGGUGAAGCAAGGCGUCUAGUUUCUCUUAUUGUUGAUUAUCUAAAGAGACGUUAUUUAUUGCUAGACAGUGAAGAUGAAGAAGAAGAGCGUGUAAAAGUGCUUGAUGUAGUGCGCAAAAUGGGUGUAUCUAUUGCAUCUAAAGAAAAAUAUGCUCUAGUAAGCCAUGGUGGAGUAUCUCAUUGGCCAAAGAUGGUCAAACUUGGGUAUUAUACUGCUAUCUCGGUGAUAUCAGAGGAAAUUAAAGAGCUUCCUGAAGGAUUGAAAUACCCAAAUCUCGAGUUCUUAAUGUUACAAUGCAGGGAACUUGAGAAACUACCGCCCAACAUUUUUGAGGGCAUGGGAGAACUCAAAGUUUUAGAACUCAAUAGUUUCGAUGGCUUCCUAACACUUCAAGCCUUGAGGAACCUUACUAUGUUAUCUCUUGAAGGAUUUCGUGGAGUGUUGGAUAAUGUAUCUCUAAAUGGAAAUCUACUGAAUCUAGAAAUCCUCAACUUUCGCAAUUCGAAGAUCGAGGAGCUACCGGAAGAAAUCGGGGAACUGGUUAGCUUAAGGUUGUUAGAUUUGACAAACACUAAGUUACUGAAUAGAAUACCGCCAGACGUCAUAUCACGCUUGGUUCAUUUAGAAGAACUCCACAGCAUGGGCAGCAAAUUUAUAGGUUGGGAAGGAGAAGGCAAGGAAGAAGAAGGGAGAAAUGCAAACCUAAGAGAGUUUAAGUCCUUGCACAAUUUAAAUACUUUAAAGAUUCAAAUAAGAGCUCAUGUACUUGUUCCAAAACUCCCAAUAUUUAGCAAAUUGGAAAAUUACUUGGUUGGAAUUAUUGAUACCAAUGAUGAUAGCGAUGAUGAUAAAGUUUUUGAACACUUAUUUACAGAAACCAAAAGGAUCUUGGGGGGCAAAGUGUCGAUUCCGAUACCUUUAGAUGGUGGAGGGAUUGAUUCGCUCUCAAAGACUAGUGAUGGUCUAGUUCUUCGAGGGACAGGAUGCAAUGAUCUGGUGCGAGAGGUACUACUUCGGGUUGAGGUUGAUGGAAUCCAACAAUUGAAGAUUCUGAUUCUCAGUAAAUGUGAUACACCAGAAUGUCUUCUCAAUACAAUGAAUCCAGUACAUCUACCUACUGCUCCUGUUCUUGCUUCUGCUGUUUUCCCUGUCCUGCACACAUUGCAUCUCAACAGGCUACCUAAUUUAAGAGAGAUAUGCCGCGGCUCAGUCCCAGCACGUUCCUUUGGGGAACUAACUUCUAUCAGAGUCCAUAAUUGCAGAAGAUUGAGAAAUCUCUUCCAGCUAACAAUUGUAGGAUGUCUCACUCAAGUCAAACAUCUCUUCAUAAGCUCCUGUGGUAUGAUGGAAGAAGUUAUUAGGAAGGAGCACCAAGAGGAUAUCCAUGUUGCAACCAACAGAAUCGUGUUCCCAAAGUUGGAAGUCUUGAAGCUUGUGAAGCUACCAAGACUAAUGGGUUUUUGCACAGGGAUUGACCAGAUUGAUUUCCCUCAAUUGAAAGAACUAUGUCUUGAAGAUAUGCCACUGGUCAACCUCCUCUUCCACAACAACUGUAAUUUGUCUUCCAAUUCAGAGCGAAAGAACAAUGUCAACAUCGUUGCUCUUUUCCCCCAGUUGGUCUCACUACCUAACUUGGAGGUCCUUGAUGUCAGCGAACUUGAGAAUCUGGAAAGACUAGGACAUAGUCCACUUCCAGCAGGGUCAUUGUCAAAACUGAAAGAAUUUUUGGUGCGUCGCUGUGGCAAACUGCUCUGUGUUUUUUCAUUACAAUUCCUUCCGAUGCUACAAAAUCUGCAAAAACUUUGUGUAGAAGGCUGUCCAAAGAUAGGAUCCGUGGUCAAGAAUGACAAAGAAGAAGAAGCGGCUGAUGAUAGUAGCUUGAUCAUCCCUCAACUAUGGUAUCUUAGAAUUAGUGACAUGGACAACCUUAAAAGUUUCUACUCCAGUUCUACAGCAUCCAAUGCCAAAUCCUUGUUCAAUCACCAGGUUUCAUUACCUAACCUGGAGGUCCUAAAUGUUGCCGAGCUUCAGAAUCUAGAAACACUAGGACACGUUCCACUUUCAGUGGGGUCAUUCUCAAAACUGAAAAAAAUUUCCGUGCAUGACUGCGGCAAACUGCUCUGCGUUUUUCCAUCACAAUUGGUUCCGAUGCUGCAAGGGCUUCAGGAGCUCACCGUAAAAAGUUGUGACUCACUGGAGGUAGUCUUUGGAUUGGAAGGGUUGGAAUCUAAUGAACCAAUCCCAGAGAUUUUAUCUCCAUUGAAAUUUGUCAAAUUUUGCUAUCUACCCAAAUUGAAUCGCAUUUCAAAGAGAGAUCCUGUGGGCUUCAAUUACAUUGAGACUCUAGAGAUUCACGACUGUAAUAGCUUGAAAUGUGUGUUCGCACCUACCAUGACAAAGAGCAUCCCACUACUCCGUGAGCUGAAGAUAUCAAGCUGCGAUAUGCUGUCAAGAAUUGUGGCAGAGGAGAAUGGGUUGGGUGAAAGUUCGGUGGAUGAAGUUGAGUUCCCUCAGUUGGAAAGUUUGGAACUUCUUGAUCUACCAAACCUUGUGAGUUUCUUCCCAAAUGUGAAUUCUACUACUCUGGCAAAAUCAACUUACCACCUCCAUAACCCAAUCCAACCUCAACCUCUCUUCAACAAAAAGGUUGCCUUUCCUGGCUUGAAGUAUUUAGGACUAAGUGGGUUGGAAAAUGUGAGUGACCUAUGGUGCAGUGAACUUCUGACCAGCUCAUUCUCCAAACUGAAACAACUCGAAGUUAGAGAUUGCGCGAGUUUGAGAAACACGUUCCAUCCUUCCAUGGUCCGAGGUCUUGUGAAUCUCCAGAAACUAUUCAUUAACUAUUGCUCGACUUUGGAAGCUGUUGUUGGCAAGGAAGAACAAAUAGGAGGUUUUACCUCAGUUAGGAAAAUAGAUAAAACUCUGUUCCCCCAGUUAAAAAAAUUGCGACUUAAUAGUCUACCAAAUCUGAUGAGGUUUUGCCACUUUACUCAUCCUUUAGAAAUGCCAUUGCUAAGCGAGGUGGACAUAUUGGACUGUCCUAAUAUGGAUGCAUUCUCUUUGGGACCGGUGAGCACCCCAAAUCUCUCCUUGCUCGGUACACUGUGGAACAGUGAUCUCAAUAAUGCCAUACCGCUUUUGCAAGAGAAUCGGAGAAAGAAGGAGGAGGAGGAGGAGAAAGAGGACGUAGACGAGGACGUGGAUGAGGACAAGGAGGAUCAAGGAAGAGGAAAAAACAAUAAGGAGCACAUGAUGGUGAUGACACGACAGUGACGAUUCAAAAAAUCGAUGGUUCAAAUAAUGAUGGUGCUUCAUUGUCUUUUGUUUAUUUUUCCUUUCAGGAUUUCAAGUUUGGACGUUUCUCUCUUUCUUACUUGUACUUAUAUUGUUGUAGCUGCUAUAACAAUUGUGCAUUAUUAGUGUUGGUAAGCGUGAAAAACUAUUGAGUCUUAUUUUGAACAUUGUAACAGUAUUUAUUCAUUAAAUGUUGUAAAAUAGGUGAGCGAUCCUUCUUAAGGUAUUUUAAUCUUAGAAUUUGGCGCCAAGCUGAAAUGAUAAAAGUGCUUUAUUGCGUGUGAUGAUUCUCA